UCUUCAACUCCAUGCCGCAGCGUGAUCUCGUCGCUUGGAACGCCAUGAUCGGGGCUUACUCCCAACACGGCCGAGUCGAGCAAGCAAAGUUUCUCUUUGAUUCCAUGGCCGAGAGAAACUUGGUCUCCUGGACCUCAAUGCUCACGCCUUACACAAUAAGUGGCUACUUCUCGCAAGCAAAGCUCGUCUUUCUCGACAUGUCCGAGCAAAACUCCGUCUCGUGGAAUGCCAUCCUUUGCAUGUAUGCUCAGCACGGCCAUUUGAGCUCUGCAAGGAAGAUUUUCGAUGCCAUGCCCGAGCAAGGAGUGGUAUCAUGGAGCGCCAUGCUCGCUGCCCACGUAAGAAACUUGUCCUCUUCUCGUGCUCUCGAGCUCUUUGACGAGAUGAAAGCUUUGCAUUGUCCCGACGAAGCUAGCUUCUUCUCAGCUAUGGUUUCGUUUGGGCAGCAAGGCUGCAUCUCCAGAGCCAAGUCUUGCUUUUGUUCCAUGGUGGCCGACUAUGAAGUGGCGCCAUCAAAGCAGCACUACUCUUGCAUGGUGGAUUUGCUCGUUCGAUCUGGGAGAAGUUUGGAGGCGUGUUUGCGAUGCCUUUUGAGCCCAGUAACUUGGAAUGGUCGUGCUUGCUGCGUGAAAGAAACUCCAGCUCGAUGUUAACCACCAGAGGCAAGCAUGCUUUAAGAUCAAGUUCCUCGGAUGGAGCGGUUUACGUGCUGCUUGCCAAUGCAUUAACUUGAAAGCUAAUAUGAAACCUGUACAUUAAAAAGAUGGCUCAUUUCAAGGGCUUUAUUUCACAAUGGCACUUGAGUAAGUUUUGGUUUUGCUGUUGUGCCUCUAUGUCUCCUUCAGUUUGGGUUGCCACACGGAAGAGGGCUGUGGUCGUUCUACGAGGCUGAUGACCCCAAUGCUUCUCCGCUUGCUCUUGCUCAAUGGAGGUUUUUGUUCAAGAUAGACGCAUCUAUACUAGUAAUACUAGCUUUGUACAAAAAGAUGCAAAGAAGCUAGUUAUUAAUAUUAGAGCUUGCUUCAUUGUUUCAAAAAGUUGAGCGUCCACUAGAUCUCUACCACAAAGGAGGGUCAUCCCAGCGAAGUGGUGGCAACGAACAAAGUCUAGGAAUGCUGGCCCCUCCAAUCCAUCCGUGGACACCAAAGCUUAAGCUUUUGCUCCUAUACCAAAAGAAAGAAUCGGGAUUUGGCUGCUCAUACCAGAACAGAGCAUUGGGACUGGCUUCCGUGCCAAACCAUACAUUUGAGAACAUAACCUUGGUUCAUUAUAGUCGAUGUUCUAACUUGUCUGAAUGAUAUAUGUACUUCAGGCA